ACAGUGUAUAUGAACAUGUGGUCCAAUUUUAACUUCUCCAGCAAAGAUUUGGAUAAGGUACUCUUUGUCUAACACUAAGCAAUCACUGUCGGAGAAUAUAUUCCAGUAGCCAUGCUCCGGCGAAUCGCUCUUACCUCUUCACUUUGUUUGCCUUCUCUCUUCUUUCCCCAGUUCCCUCGCUCUUACCAGUCGCUGUCAUUCUCAAAGACAGCCGUUAUCGUCUCCGGCCGCCACUACCUCCGCCGGCUAUCUACUCCUCCGACUACCCUCCGUUGCAUUUCUUCACAAACUUCAUCAGAUCUCGUCUCCGAACAUCCUCCAUUCAUCAGGAUCUACAAAGACGGUCGCGUCGAGCGUCUCGCCGGCACUGAAACCGUCCCAGCUUCUCUCACCCCACAAAACGGCGUCAUUUCAAAGGACAUCGUGUACUCACAGAAACAUAACCUCUCCGUUCGUCUCUUCCUCCCUCACAAAUCCACUGAACUCGUCGCCGGUAACAACAACAAGUUCCCGCUGCUCAUCUACAUCCACGGCGGAGCUUGGCUCAUCGGCUCUCCAUUCUCCCCCAUUUACCACAAUUUCCUCACGGAGGUCGUCAGAACCGCGAAUUGCUUGGCCGUGUCGGUUCAGUACCGCCUCGCGCCUGAGAAUCCUAUCCCGGCGGCGUACGAGGAUGCAUGGUCAGCGAUCCAGUGGAUCCUCUCUCAUUCAGACGAGUCUGGUCCCGUGGAUUGGAUCAACGAACACGCCGACUUCGACAGAGUUUUCCUCGCCGGAGAUAGCGCCGGCGGCAACAUGGCGCAUCACAUGGCCGUUAGAGCCGGCGAGGAGAAGCUUAAGGCGAGGAUCAAAGGGACUGCGAUUGUGCAUCCAGCUUUCUGGGGGAAGGAACCGAUCGACGAGCUUGAUUUGCAAGACAGAGAAGCUAGGAGGCGAGUUGCGGAGGUUUGGGAGAAACUCGUUAGUCCGAAUAGUGUAGAUGGAGCGGACGACCCGUGGUUUAAUGUGGUCGGAUCCGGGUCGGAUUUUUCUGAGUUGGGAUGUGAGAAGGUUUUGGUUGCGGUUGCUGGGAAGGAUGUGUUUGUGAGGCAAGGUUUGGGGUACGCGGAGAAGGUGAAGAAGAGUGGGUGGAGAGGAGAUGUGGAGGUGAUGGAGGAGGCAGAUGAAGAUCAUUGCUUUCAUCUCUUGAACCCUGGUUCUGAAAAUGCUCCAAGGUUCAUGAACAAGUUUGUCAAGUUUAUUACAGGUUGAAGAAAUGUUUCUUGACUUCAGGUCAAAUGAAUAAUAAUCCUUUCAUAGAAUCUUUAACUUGGUUUCAACUCUCGAAUAUACAAAGUAUUACACAUCAAAA